AUGCCAGCGCCGAGGGACGAGAAUUUCUACAAGAAUCGCUACAUCGUGGCGCCAAUGGUACGAGCCGGGAGGACACCAUUACGGCUGCUUUGUCUCGAGUAUGGCGCCGAUUUGGUGUACACCGAGGAGCUCGUCGAUCAAAAGUUGCUCUCAUGUAAACGAAUAGAAAACGAAAUCCUCGACACUAUCGACUAUGUGAACGCCGACGAGGUGGUGCUGAGAAUUGCAACAAAAAGAGAAGCUGAUCGAAUCGUUCUCCAAAUCGGCACCAGCAGUGGACAAGGGGCCGCAGCGGUGGCUCGGAUGGUUGGAAGAGAUGUUGCGGCAAUUGAUGUCAAUAUGGGAUGCCCAAAGCCUUUUUCGAUAGCCGGUGGAAUGGGUGCCGCUCUGUUGACACGACCCGACAAGAUAAAAGAGAUUCUAACAGCCCUCGUCGAAGCAUCCCAAGUGCCCGUUACUGCGAAAAUUCGACUUCGAAAUGAUCCGAAAGAUACCCUAGCAUUGGUCGAAUUGAUUGAAUCGUGUGGCGUUUCGGCAAUCGGAGUCCACGGGAGGAGACGAGAUGAAAGAAAUCCGGACAGAUGUCGCGAAGAAGAAAUCGCUGAAGUCGUGAAAUACGCAAAGGUUCCAAUUAUUGCAAAUGGUGGUUCUGGAAGUAUCUUAACCUUUGAUGACAUCGAAAAAUUUCGCCAACAAACGACCGCUUCAAGUGUGAUGAUUGCAAGGAAAGCCCUCUGCACACCCAGCAUUUUUUGGCAACGCCGG